GACAAAUUAUAUUUUAUGGCUUGUAAACAGCAGGGCAGAUAUUUCAGGAGAACUGCAGACAGCUGUAAUUUUGUGAAUGUGCACAAAUUACUUGGAAAACAAAUAUCCCUCUGCCUACACAGCUGUAUUCACCACUGUGGACCAGAAUACUUUUUGCAUGAUGCUCGCACUUGGUUCCACGGAGUAUAAUAACGUUUAAAUGAAUAUAGUGUGAUUGAAAAGUGGAGUCGGAAUUAAUGCUCUGAAAGCCUGCGUGGCUGGCAGGGAUGGAGCACUGCCCUGCCCUGGUGCCGUGCGGCUGUGCUGGGUCUGUGCCUGCCUGGUUAUCCGCGCCCAGGUUGGCUGAAUGCAGAGCAGUUGUGUCGUGUAAUUGUGUGCUGGCAGCUCCUUCUGUUUGUCCUUCUGUUGUGCGAUAAGGAGUUUACAAAGGAAAGUAUGAAUAUCAAGAAAGAAGGCAGAGAAAAUCCCCAAAAGUAAAAACACGGCCAAGCAAGUGCGCGUAAAGCACCAGUUGGCAAGAGCCAAGGGCCUUGCAUUGAUUUUACUUUUAACUUCUGUGUUUAUUCAAAGGCUGUGGAUACAGGUUAACUUCCUUUGCUCAAUAUUUAUUGCUAUGUUGCUUGUCUCAACCUGGAACAAUGAGUACUUUGUGGGUCGGGUUAAAGGAUUGUCCCGUUGCACUCGGUCUCCUGCGUCUCUCCAUACCUGUGGCUUUUAAGCAGUUUAUUUUAAUUUCAGGUUUCUGUGCUCUGUUAGAGGAGGUGUGGGUGCUGCCCAAAUCGAGUGCUACCAGGGCGGGUUCCUCCUGCCCGUGAGCAGUGGAUCGGUGUGGUUACGGCUUUGCCAGGGUGAUGGUGCUGCUCCCACCCUAAUUUAGGGAUGGCAGUGACUUCGGGAUGGUAGGAGAGGCCCAAAGACUCACCUUGGCCAGAGCCCAGCUGUGGGGUUUGGGAAGUAGCCCCCAAAUAUAGAGGGAUUCUCUUUGGACCCGGAGCAUGAAUACAAUGCAGAGCACAGCUAAGGUAGUUCUAAAUCCCAUCGUGUGCAGCUGACAGAACAGGGGAAGGUAUGUUUAUGGCUUCCAUCGUUGUUAUUUUUUACUUGAGCUUGUUGCUUGGAAAAUGUGUUCAUUUUGAGUUCUCCACUCAGCUGUGUCUACCAAGAAGAAAAACAGAGCAAUUUCUUCUGGGAGAGCCCCACAGUGGACGCAUCAGAGCUGCAGUGACAGCUGCAAAAUUGUUUUGCUGUUGUGUUGCUAAUUCUGCAGUGAGUGAAGGGGACCACCCUGUCUUAAAAAAAAAAAAAAAAAAAAAAAGAGGGAAAGGAAAACAAAACAAAAACCAGAAGCACUUUCAGUUUGUAACUGUGAUUUUGCUGCAAAAAAAACCAAGAACAACAUGGUGCACAACUUUUUGCCUUGGAUGGGAUGGCACAGGAAUUGCACGGGCAUGUUUUUGGUUCUCGUCACUGUUGCCUCAGAGCUGUAGGAGGUCCUUUUUUCUGCUUCUGCACUUUGCCAUCAAACUUGAAAACUCGAGGAAAUUCAACUUCUGUGCAUUGUGAAGUCAUUGGAUCCCAGCAGUGCCUGGGGGAGAUGCGUGCCCUUGGGUCCUCAGCCCUCACCCUGCCCCCACGAGCAGUUAAAUAGCACGGAGCUCUGUGUGUUGAAGAUAGAAAUACAAAAAAAAAAAAUCACGCCUCUCUCAAAACCUCACUGUAUUUUUUUUAUCUCCUUGCCUGUGUGCAUUUAAAGACAAAAAUGAAAAGAAAUCCCAGCUCUGCAUUGUUUGUGUAGGCUUAUGAGCCAGAUUGUACUACAGAGCACACUGAUGUGUCUUCCCCUGAGGUAUGGAAAGAUCUAUGUGUGCUAAGCAGGUGUUUUCAUUUGUUUAAUUGGAGCUGAGUUUAGCACAAUAUUACAGAUAAAUGAAUUACACAUGUUCAGUAAUUCAUAGAAAGUGAUGGCUGUUUUGCUUUGACACUUGUCUUCAGCUCCUUACAGAGAUGGAGUGUUGGCCAACAUGGACAGAGGUCCUGCGAAAAAAACCUCCAUGCCUGCACGAGGAGCGCCUGAAACCUGUUUGCUAAAGCAGCCGUAACUAUUUUAUCUUUGUUUAAACUGGAACGCUUUACGUUUUGAUAGGAUCUGGUUUUGACAAGCAGGGCAUCCCGGGGAUGCUCCUUGCUGCUGGCACCCAAUGCGGCCUCUGGGUCGGGCGCUCAGGGCGUGCUGCUUUGCAAAGGAUGGGCAAAACCGGUCACUCUGCGCAGCUUCCCUCAUGGCUCUGAGUUGUCCCAGCCCUUGGCCCGCGUCCAAAUGGAUAAUUACAUUGAACUUACCCAAAUUUCCUCUGCAGAUUCAAUUGUAAACUAUUUUCUCGCUCUCUCCCGCCGGCGUUGUAUAAGUGUGCUGCGCAGCGUUAAACAACUGUCACACACAGCUCUGGGGGCUGCUGGGCGUUGGGCACUGAAAGGCUGCAUCAAAACUUGCGGUGAACUUUAGAGGGAGCAUUGUUUGUGCUUUUUCAGUUCAUAAAGUACUUCGGAGCAGGCGCUGGGAUAGAGCUCAUGCUUGGAGCUGAAGUUCCCAGCAGAAGGUGCCGACAUUUCAGGCAGGCUGUGAAAAGCCACUUUUCCAGAGAUGACCUGAAAGCUUCCGAGCCUUCCAGCAGCUGGAAUUGGGCUGGCCUCGUUCAGCCAGGAGUUGUGCACACCAGGCUGCAGUCUCCUGCAUCCCCUGGGCGAAGUGCACCCACCGCAGCCAAUCGCAGGGGCUGAAAGUGAGCUGGAAGCGUGUAGAACUGUUACUUGUGCGAGUGGUUUCCUGCGGCGUGCGAUUGUUCUGCAAGAGGCUCCUGGGAAUUAACGUGCGUCCAAUCCCACAGCAAUCUCGGAAGAUUUGUGGCGGUGUAAUCUACAAACUCUUAAUUAUAUAGAGAGCUGAGUAAAUAGCUUGAAAUUUCUUUCAACUCUUUGUUCACAAAUGUAUAUUGCAAAGUGCCCAUCCCACAUGCACACGCACACCCACCCUUUUCCUUCCUUCCUUCCUUGUUUUACACCCACUUCCACCCAGCUUUGGCUCGGGGCAUCCUUCCUUACCCGGGGAGCUCCUGCAGGGCUGCUGGGCCCUGUCUGCCCCCGAUGCCCCCCCCGACCCAUCUUGAGGUGGGGCUGUCGUGCAGGUCCCCCCUCAUCGUGCAGCUCAUUUGGGAGCUGAUUCUGCCGCUUGCAGAGCUUUAAUGAGAUGUAAAUUGUUUGUGAUGCUGCCUUAUUAAUUGUAUUGUAAUUUUAAAAUCAUUUGCUUGUUAAUUGUAUUUAAAUAGCUGCCACUUAGACAAGCAGAAAGUUUCCAGAAAGAUAAAUGGAUUUCUCAUUUUACCAUGUCUGAAGGUGGCCCCAGUGACCUGUCGGGGCUGCUCUGACACUCCCGAAAUGGAAGAAUCACUGUGUUACGUCUCUGCUUGGAGCUCUCUGUGCCUGGAGAGCGAAAUGUGGAGAGGGUGGGAGCAUGGGGUGGAGAUAGCUGGGAAGAUUCUGAGGUUUUGUGGAUGGUAGCGAUCAGAUUUGGGGGGAUGCUGUGGAUCAGAUCUUGGAUGAUGCUGUGGAUCAGAGUUUGGGGGAUGCUGUGGGUGCUGCUCCAGCUCAGCAAUCCAAGCCAGGGCAAGGUUCUCAUCCUCAGCGCCUCCAGGGCUCUGCUGUACACGUGUUGAAAUCAGUGCUGAGAUUUCUCUUUGCUCCAGCUGAGCAACACAAGGUCCCUGCUGACCUGAGCUCAGCUGGCCUUAAAGCUGAUUUUGAUGCUACAUGGUUGCUAGCCUUGGCGGGCAGCAAGCUACACCGUGUCAAUUGUAUUCUUGUUGUAUUUGAAAUGCCAUUCUGGAAAAUGAAGAAUAAUCUUUCCGUAUCAGUCUGUUCUCUCCUUAGAUGGGCUGCAGCCUCCCCUGCCCACACUCCCAGAUCCAGGUUCCAGCUGGCACUGGACUCUCACUCCCUCUUUGCCUCCUCUUUCAUUGACGUUCCACGUUCCCUUCGUUUUCUUUUUGCAGCUUUGUUGUGUGGCAGGACCAGUAAUAAUAGUUAAUAAUUAGCAGCUCAAUAGCACUCUUCACCUUCGGAGCAGUUUUAGGCAUUAAAUCACUGCAGUUCUGCUGGCAAUAUUACAAUAUUGACUUGUUACUUCACCAGUGUCACUGAGGCAGCAAAAGCUGCAUUUUUAUGGAGGCCAAAAUGGGGUCAUUUUUUUUUUUUUUAGAGCACAAAAUUGGCAAAAAAUGAAAUUUUCUCCUAGGCUGACACUUUGUUUGCCAAAUUUCAGCAUAGAGCCAAUUUUUAAAGCUGAGUAAUAAACACCUGAAAAGUUCUGGUUUAUAAUGGCAGUGCUGAAAAGCCAUUAAAUGAAUGGCUCCGCUAUAACACAAGAAAGCCCUCUUAAACUGCUGAAAACCCUAUAAAAGCUGGACGGAGCCUUAGCCAACACAGCCUCGCCUUUGAGCCCCGUGUUUAGAGGUACAAAGUGAAUCUUGAGGGGAUCUUGCAGGGACUGGAUGGCAGAUGAUGGGGGGCAUCUCUUCUACUCUACCGCAUGGAAAUGGCUCUUUCCAAGCUAAGCGGUGGAGCAAGGCUGGGAGCUGAGGUUUUGUUCCCAACCCACCUGAGCAUCUCGCCACAGAUGCUCCAUCGGGACAGAGGUGGGGAAGGUGGGACAGAGCAGCAGGGAGCAGUUGGAUGCCAGGUGGGGGGGAUGGGGAUGAGGUUUGCUGGCACGCACGUGUGCACAUGGCGUGUCCCUGCGAGCAUCCUGUGUGCAUACAGCUGAGAGCACGGUACCAACCUCACAACCCAGCUCUGGGCCUGCCCUCCUGCCAGCUCAGCUCUGCUGUGAAGAUAGCUGCCUAAUAAAACAGCACAUCGACCAGCAAAAGAAAUGGGUAAAUGAAGGGAACAGCUAUUAAUGUGCCAAGCCAAGAUGUGUAAUUAUACCGUAGGACUUUUCCAAACUAAUACAUGUUAAAGGUGUAAACCUAUUAAAGAAGAGAUUUUUCUGUACGGGGAACUUAUGUAGAUAGAAGGAUUUACACUGUAUUUUAUUCUUGUAUUAUAAGGUAUAAGGAACAUUUGAGCAAAUCCAGUCAUUCCUAUUAUUACAAUAUCAUACGUUUUUCAUACCAUUUUAUGUGGUUCUUCAAAAACUUUGGCACUAAUUCUCUUUAUAUUGUUAGGAAUUUUCUUUUAAAAACAGAAUUAUUUUUCUCAAAUAGUUAAUUAGAGUUUGAACUUCAAAUGCAGUACUUUUUCUUCCCAAGAAUGAGGGUGUUAGAUCCAUUGUGCUGGCCAAAUUACAGUUUGGAUAGUUACAUUCUCUCUGCUUAAUCACCCCGCAGUUCCAUUGGAGUGAAGGAUUUGGUGCCUCAGGUGUCCUGCAUUCCUUAAAGCCUCUCGUGGCCAAAUCACUGCCAUGAGGACUGCAGACAUGGCUGUGUUCAGUGACAGAGCAUUGCAGUCUCCUUACCGAGUGUAAAUAGCACAGUUUUGCUCCUGGAGAUGGAUUUUUUGGGCACCCGCUGCCCCCUUAGCCUUUUUGUGAUGAGGGGGAAAGGGAUUGCGGCAGCAGAUCUGAGCAGGAAGUGGCCGUGAGUCACAAAUUGCAGACAGCAGCCCUCUCUACCCUGGGGAGAGAGGGUAGGGCAGGGGAGGAUGAUGCCCUUGAAACCAGGCCCCAUGUAUUGGGGUAUGGGCAAGGUUCAUGGCACUGUGGGGCACUGUAGGGAGUGUCUGGGUCAUUUGCCAGUCCCAUAGGGUAACCAGGAGUCAUCUCAAGAGGCUUUUUCCUUGCCAGCUGUGGGAGUCAUGCUGCACUGCUGGGCCUUGGCGUUUUGGAAGCACAGUGGUGGAACGUGAGGACAGCCCAUCAUUCUGCUGCCGGAUCCCGGGACUGUCUGACCCUGAGGGCUGUUGGCUGAACACCUCUGCAGGAAGUAACUCAAGUUGUCGUGUUGCUUCUGCAAAGUUCACUUUGUAAGGAAAAGAUGAGCAAAAGCCCUUAUCUCCCUUCUAAAAAAAAAUAAAAGUACCUUUCAAUGAUGGAGGAAAACUCAAACAAUGAGCCAGCUAAAUAUACUGUAUCAGGAAACCUCAGGGACCGCUGAAAGGAGAACAGUGGCCCAUUACUGCUAAGGAGGUGUUUUAUUGAAAAUACGCCGGCAUCCUUUCCCAACAGAGGGAGUGAAAAACAGCAAGGUGCCCAGCAGUAAUGCUUGUUUCCACCAGCAAGCCCCAAUGUAUAGCUUGGCACUCCUGAGCAGCAUGUGAGUAAGCUGUGCGAUGGACUGACAGGCGUUUUAACUGAAGGGGCCCAUAUUGCAUCACAUCUAUUUUAACUUAAAUCUGCGGUGAUAUAGGUGUGGGUGCAGGUGUGUGUACACGCCUUGCUGUGCAAGCAGGCAUGGGUUCUUAGAAGGCUGUUGUGUGGAAGGGUGACUUUUAGAAGGCUGUUUUUGAGAAGGACGUUCUCUCGUGGGGGCUGUCAGGUGAGAUGAAGGAGCGUCGCAGUCCCUGGCCCUGGGAGGGAGGUGGCCAGGAGGGGCAGUGCCCUGUCACUGUGCGUGCCAUCCCGUGUCUGCCCCAUAGCAGGCACAGGAUCUGCUUGGUGUGGCUGGUUGUUCAGGAGUUAAUACUUUGCAGGCACACGUGUGAUUGACGUUUGUUUUGUUGAUGUUGCGUUCUGUUUCUUUUCUUACCAUGGCAACUUUAACAUCAUGACAAAACACCUACUUCUCCUCUUGGAGCCAUAGCUGUUGUCAUGCCCAGUAGGUUAUUUUGGUAUACAGCGGUUGAUCUCUUAAGGCAGAGGUGUUGCCAUCUCCUCCCAGAUAUCACCUCCAGUAUUUCCUCUCAUCAGAAGGAAUCUGUGGUUCUCUGUGUGUGAGCCCCGUGUUUCGACCCAGGGCAAAAAGCAGAGCUUUAAUGGAAACUGCGGCAUUUCCUCCGCUGUGCGUGACAUAAAUGCUAUCUCACAUAAUUAAGGAAAGUAACAGAGAACAGUUAGCGGUGAUUGCCUUCCAAUAUAUUGUGUACUUUGGGGCAGAAAAAUAAUUUAUGAAUAAUGCCCAUGCAUACUUGGAACAAUUUGCACACUGUGCUGUGAGUGAUGCAGGCCUGGCGGUAGGAGAGCGUGCUAAUAAAUUUUACUUUGUGGCGGAAACAAGAGAUUACAGUUUAUUAGGAAAGGAGGUGGCAAUUUAUUAAGAUCAAUCAAAUACGAACGCAGAGCAAAAAUGUUGCCGUUUUUAUUUAUUUAUCUCAAAGCAUGAAGAGGUGCAGCUACAUACAAUCGGUUGUUUACCUGUGGUGUUUGAUUCAUUAUUAAUAUUUUUAUGUUUAGAGGGAACCAUAAUUUUGCUGAAAUGUCUUCCAUAACUCCUGCACAAUCAUAUUCAUAACUCACCUGAAUGUUGACACAUCCUGCUGUGUAUAUAUAAAUUAACUGGUAACACUGGCAUUAUAAAAUGAUGCAUUAAAUGAAGAUGUGAGUGGUAAUUUAAAGCAUGCCAUGAAGUGAAAUUUAAGCCAUUGUACAACGAUGAGGGGAUUUAAAGAGCCUUUUUCAUGCAGAAUUUGCAGGGCAAUAAGGAAAAUGACAGUUUCUCAUACAAAAAGGAAAAGCGCAACAGGGACACAAACAUUACUGAAAUGUUAAUUGCUUUGGUGUUCUGUAUCAGUAGAGACACCAUCAGCCUAAAAGUCACUAUUCUGCUCGAAUGUAUUUUACCACGAGAAAUAUUUUACCGUGAGACUAUUAGCUAAGGUUAUUAAAAAUGACCAAAAAUGUUUACUUUGUACUUUUUCUCAGUGCUUUUUGGAUAAUAAGUUUCACUGUUUCCUGUUUAGUCAGUUGUUUUCCCCAUUUGUUUUCAUAGGUCUUUCAAACAGCAGCAAGGGAAAAUGCAGCAGUCUCAAAACAGGAAAAUGUGAUUUAACCCCACAAAAAUGGGCCUGGGGAUCCAGGAGUGGGAAUAGUAUCCGAAAUGCCCUUUUCCCUUGUAACUGCCAACAGCAGCUUGCUCUCAGUCUGACCCUUCCCCACCCCGUGUUCCACGUGGGCUGAUGCGUUCAUCUUUUCACAUUUGUAACCUACUUCUCUGGCUCAGCCCUUGGAGCCUGCUGUCUGUGCUGUGCUCCAGUGAUUUUUUUCCCCAGGUGUUGAUGCUGCCACUCAGUGCCUAUCUGAUCUUGCGGGCACACAGAGCCCAAUAGCCACCUUGUCUGCCACGCUCCUUCCCUGUUAUUUUUAAUUUGCUAUUUUAUGUCUUCUGCUUCGGACAUCCAUGUCAAAUCUGAUUGUCUCUGUCUGUGAUGACUCUCCGUAAUUGAAUGGAAUUAAAGUGGGAGUUUAUGGUUCUUCUUGGUCUUUUAAAAUAUUUGCUGGCUUAGAAAUGCUUUAUAUUUCAUAGUGACCUUACUUAGCAAGUGCUACCAUCUCCGUUACUGAGGGAAUAGACCAAAGUUUUUAGCUCUCAGCAGAUGUUGGCUGAGCUUGCAGGUAUGAAGCUUUUAUCUGAAAGGGCAUAAAAUGCUUUAAAAAUACUGCUUGCAGGCUCUGUGGGCAGCACUCAGUGCUUAGGCAGCACCUUUCAUUUUCCAAAUGUUUGGCAAAUGCUGGUCUAUGGAAGACCCUGAAAUGAGCAGUGUCACCAUCCCUGUUUGGCAGUGAGGAGGCGAAGGAGUUGAGGCAGGUGUGAAAUGGAAGGGCUGUCAGAACUGGGGCCUGUGGGACGGAGUGGGGCUGCACACAGAGUGGCAGUUCCCACAAGCAGUCACCGCUGGGAGGCUGGACCCAGGCUGGGAGUGCUGCUGAUGCCGGAGUCACGCCGCAGCCUGGCUGGCCAGCUGGCUGUGUUGUGCUUGUGUCACCAGGUCAUGCUUUGUAUUGCCCGUGCAGGGAGAGAAAGGCUUCAGGCAGGGUUGUGAGCCUUGCAGCAUCUCUUUUUUGUUAAAGAAGCCCCAAGACAGAGCUUUUUCCCAAACGAAAGCUGUGGAGGACGCCAUGACCACAGCCUGCAGGGACUGGGGAGCACUGCCAACCCUCCCAGUGCAUGUUAGCACAGCUCCCAUUCCUCCGUCACCAUGCAAGCAGUGGGCAGUGCUGCUGCAGGGAUGCUCCUGGUACCCGCACUGGGCAGCGGGAUGUGGUCUGAGGGAGAAACAGCUGGGAGGUUUAAGCCUAUGCAUUCCACGAUGUGUUCCUCAACAGGAUCAGAGUUUCUGGGGAUCACUUUGAAGUCCAGGACAGGAGGGGUUCUCUUCAGCGCAGGCAAUAAUAAUUACAUGCUCAUGCCAUGCAAUGCCAGUGUAUAUUGCUGUUAGCUGCCCGGUGUGUUGGACGUGUGCGUGGCACUUUGCUGGCUGUGCAGCUGUGUACUGCCCUCAAAUACGUGCUGCUCCCAUGCCCCCAUGCGCUGACCUGCAGUGCGUGUGCCCCUUUAAGAGGCCGUCGCUCUCUGAUUCAUGUAGGCUGCUGCUGGCAGAUUUAGGGUCUUGCAAAAGAUGCCCUUAGUCCCUUAUUAAAUAUUCAUAAGAGGGUGGGGUCACAUUUUUGUGACCUGAAAAAAAUCCCAUUAAUAAAUUUGUUAUCUGACACAAAAACACUUUAGGGUGGAAAGCAAUCCGUAUCACAUCCCAUUUACCAUCAGAUCACAAGUUGUCAGUAAAUUGCGUCCUUUGUCUUUGCUUCUUGUGAGGUUCUUUAGCAGCAUAGCUAAUGGGGCUAUUGUCUAUCAGCCCCUGACUCCUGCAAAUAAAGUGCGUGCUGCCUGGGGACCGCGGCCGUGUGGCUGCCAGCAUUCGGCUACGUGUGCAUGCAGCGUCUGCAUCAGCCGUGUGCUCAGAGGCUGUGUGAAAUACGAGAUAAAAUUGAAAUAGUAGGGAAGAUUUGACCAAAUAAUGCAGCCUGAGGCACAUAGCUGUAGGGCAGGAGAAAAUCCAUGACGGGGUCGACAGCAGUCCCUGGGCUGGAAAUGGCACGAGGACAGGUUUUGUGUGUGCACUGAGAUCUGGAGUGGAGGGCGAGAAAAGUAUUGCUUUGAGCUGUCAAGCAGAGGAAAGCUUGCUGUGUGGCACAUGAUGCACCCUGUACCCAAACCUUCCCCAAAUGUGGCAGGCAGAUGGGGCUGCUGCUGAGUGCUGUGCCCCAGUCUGAGCAUCCCAGUGCCCAGCUUUUUUUAAGGGAGACGAUGGGAGAAAAUGCUCUGGGCAUCCCAGUGCCCUGGGCUAGGUUCCCUGCUGCUUUGCUGGGGCUCAAAGGAAGGUGUUCCUGUUUGCAGGCCAGGUGCAUCAGCUGGGCUUAAUGCAAGCUCCUGCCAGAGGCUGCUUUUGGUAGCAUGUUUUGUAUUAAAGUCCUGCUAUGGUUUUGUGGCAUUAAAACUGUGCAGCAGAACCGUUGGAGAGAGUCACAGCCACUUUUUGAGAGAAAGUUAGGUGGAAGGAGAGCUGCUCCUCCAGCGCAUCGUGCUUGCAAUGCCUGCUCGGAGCACUGCGCUAGCUGCCACUUCCCCCCCCCUCCCGCGUUGCUGGCACCCACGCCCCACAAAAUAGCUUUAUUUAGGGGGGGGGACCGGGGGAGCCGCUUUUAAACACGUCCCGGCGCAGCGUGGCGGCUCCCCGCGGGCCGGGCCGGGCAGCACCGUCGGCAGCGGCACAGCCGGCAGCAGGUUCCCGUGUCGGUGGCUAUGAUGACACCUCAAGUGAUCACUCCCCAGCAAAUGCAGCAGAUCCUCCAGCAACAAGUGCUAACUCCCCAGCAACUCCAAGUCCUGCUCCAGCAGCAGCAGGCACUCAUGCUUCAACAGCAGCAGCUUCAAGAGUUUUAUAAGAAACAACAGGAACAGUUGCAGCUUCAACUUUUACAGCAACAACAUGCUGGAAAACAGCCUAAAGAGCCCCAGCAACAGCAGGUGGCUACGCAGCAGUUGGCCUUUCAGCAGCAACUCUUACAGAUGCAGCAGUUGCAACAGCAGCACCUCCUGACUUUGCAGCGUCAAGGGCUGCUAACAAUCCAGCCUGGCCAGCCUACUCUGCCUUUGCAGCCCCUUGCACAAGGCAUGAUUCCAACAGAACUGCAGCAGCUCUGGAAGGAAGUGACAAGCUCGCACACAGCCGAGGAGGCAGCCAGCAACAACCACAGCAGCCUCGACCUGUCCACCACCUGCGUUUCCUCAUCCGCACCGUCUAAGACCUCCUUAAUAAUAAACCCACACGCGUCAACCAACGGACAGCUAUCGGUUCACACUCCUAAGCGGGAGAGUUUAUCCCACGAGGAGCACUCGCACAGCCAUCCGCUCUAUGGACACGGCGUAUGCAAAUGGCCAGGCUGUGAAGCAGUAUGUGAAGACUUCCAGUCGUUUCUAAAACAUCUCAACAGUGAGCAUGCGCUGGAUGAUAGAAGUACAGCCCAAUGUAGAGUACAAAUGCAGGUUGUACAGCAGUUAGAGCUACAGCUUGCAAAAGAUAAAGAGCGCCUGCAAGCCAUGAUGACACACCUGCAUGUGAAGUCAACUGAACCAAAAGCCACCCCUCAGCCUCUCAAUCUGGUGUCCAGCGUCACGCUUUCCAAGACAGCAUCCGAGGCUUCUCCACAGAGCUUACCUCAUACUCCCACCACCCCGACUGCACCCAUCACUCCCGUCACGCAGGGCCCGUCGGUCAUCACUACCACGAGCAUGCACAACGUCGGGCCCAUCCGGAGGCGGUACUCGGAUAAAUACAACGUCCCCAUUUCUUCAGCAGAUAUUGCCCAGAACCAAGAAUUUUAUAAGAACGCAGAAGUUAGACCACCGUUCACAUAUGCAUCUUUAAUUAGACAGGCCAUCCUCGAAUCUCCAGAAAAACAGCUAACACUAAAUGAAAUCUACAACUGGUUCACGCGAAUGUUUGCUUACUUCAGGCGCAACGCGGCGACGUGGAAGAAUGCAGUGCGUCAUAAUCUUAGUCUUCACAAGUGUUUUGUGCGAGUAGAAAACGUUAAAGGGGCAGUAUGGACAGUGGAUGAACAAGAGUUCCAAAAACGAAGGCCACAAAAGAUCAGUGGUAACCCUUCUCUUAUUAAAAACAUACAGACCAGCCACACCUACUGCACACCUCUCAAUGCUGCUUUACAGGCUUCAAUGGCUGAGAACAGUAUACCUCUAUACACUACUGCUUCCAUGGGAAAUCCCACUCUGGGCAACCUAGCCAACGUGAUGAGGGAAGAGCUUAAUGGUGCAAUGGAGCAUACGAACAGUAACGGGAGUGACAGUAGUCCAGGACGUUCCCCUAUGCAAGCAAUGCACCCCGUGCAUGUCAAAGAAGAACCGCUAGAUCCAGAUGAAAAUGAAGGCCCGCUCUCCUUAGUGACAACAGCCAACCACAGUCCAGAUUUCGAUCACGACAGAGAUUAUGAAGACGAACCUGUAAAUGAGGACAUAGAAUGAGUAUGUCUGACAUCAUCAUCCUGAGAAUGAAGAUGGGAAGAACACGUCAAACCUAGCUGUGAAAUCUCUCCAUUGUUGUACAGUCUGGAGGAUUCUCAGUCCGCUUUGACAACUAUGAAAUAUGUUAACUCUUAGUGCCAUCAAGUAUCCCAUUUGGGAGUAUUUUUGAUUUUUCUACUUUUUGUUGAAAAAAGGAAUUUGUACUCUGUGCAUUGGAUGGACUUGUUUGGUACUUGGGAUUUUCCUCUCUUACAGUCAACGUCAGUGUUGUAAAUUUGCUAAACUGAUUCACUUACAUUUAGCAGCCAACUGUGGACUGCAGGUCCUGCCAAUUUUGGACACUUGAGGACAUCAAACUGAGCAUGUACACCAGAACUGCAGAUCAAGUCUUUGCCCAGAUUUUAAGGAUUCCAAUGGACAACAUAUUUGCACAGUACUGCAUGUUGAUUAUCACUGCCUUUACUCCAUUUUGUUGUUUUUCGGUUUGUUUUUUUUUUUGUUGUUGUUGUUCUUUUUUUUUUUUUUUUUUUUUGCUUCCAUUUG